CAAAUGCAGUUUUCCCUCUGAACGCUCGCCGUCUGUCCGCCAGCGCUGUGCACAGACGCCCCUUGAAAGGCAUGCCCCAUUUAAAUAAGACCGUUAACCUCAGCCUUCUCUUUCAAAACCUCUUUUUUGCCAGAUAGACAGAAGACAAUAUAACAAUUGACAUCACUAUUUUUAACUAUUUCGAUUUUUCUCUCUUUUUUUUUGUUGCUAAAAUGAACGAUGUUAAACUUGUAGUGCUGGGAAGUGAGGGAGUUGGGAAAUCAGCGCUCAUCGUGCGAUUCCUUACAAGGCGAUUUAUUGGCGAAUAUGCCUCUCUCAGAUUCUAGUGUAUUUACAGAAAGCGGCUGUCUAUCGACGGAAGGCAACUGAAUCUCGAACUGUACGAUCCCUGCUCGCAGCCCUGUGCAGGGCAGUCCUUGCUGAAUGAGCAGAUGCACUGGGCUGACGGCUUCGUGGUGGUGUAUGACAUCAGCGACAGGUCAUCGUUUGUCACCGCCAAAGCCAUCGUGCACCUGAUCCGCGAACUCCACCUGGGAGUGACCAAGAGGGACCAGGACUCCCUGGUGUUCCUGGUGGGGAACAAGCAGGACCUGUGCCACGUGAGGGAGGUGAGCCAGGAGGAGGGCCAGCAGCUGGCGGCCGAGGGGCGGGGCCAGUUCUACGAGCUCUCCGCAGCCGAGCACGGCCAGGAGGUGGCGCUCAUGUUCUCCCGCGUGGCGCGGAACGUCAGCGUCUGCGGCCGGGCCCGGCGCCGGCCCAGCGGGUCACGCACCAUGGCCAAGAUCAUCACCAACGUGUUCGGCAAGAGGCGCAAGUCCGUGUAAACUGCCCCUCCGGCCUACAGACGGCACAGUGUGGGACUG